AUGGCCGAGGCGACUGUGCCAAAGGUCGGUGGAAGAGGUGGUGAGGUUGCAGUAACCCAUAAUUCUGUGUUUGCUCUUCAUCAUACUAGAAGAAGAAUCAGGGGAUUUCGGAUCUUCAAGUCGCUGAGCUUCUCCUUAUUUUGUAUCAAUAGCAAAGCUUACUUUCUUUGGAACAAGGAUACAAGGGAACUAAAGGUUGGUCAAGUGGUACUUGCUGUGAGUCGCACAUCAGAAUUUCCAAGUAGGAGGUCUCCACUGGUACUGUGCACGAAACUGAAAAGGAGUGGACUUGAAGUGGUGACCUUAGCAUUUUGCAGCUUGUCUCCUUUCCUUGAGGUCUAGUUCCUGUUUUGUUGUAUUGAUGUUUUUUUAAAAAUCUGAGCCUUUGUCACUUAUAUUUUUGGUGGAGCAGUAAAGUCAACUUGUUGUAAAUAUGAUCUUAAAGGCUCAUUUUGGUGUGUAAUAUCCAUGUUGGUCUUAUCUGGAUUAGAACUUCCAGUUUGUGAAUGGGUGUUAUGU